CGUAAACGACUGUAUUUUAUCAACUGUGCAUAUUUUGAAAUUGAAAUUUGUGUGCGAAUAAUGUCGAAAUUAAUCAAAUUUAGUAUUGUGUUGUUGUUAGUAGCUUCGGUAGCGAGUGCCGUUCCAAUUGAAAAUAAAGAGUCCGCAUUGGAUUUCGUCCUGUUGCACAAUAAUGAUUUGCACGCACACUUCGAAGAAAUGUCAGAUUCCGGCAGUGAAUGUACACCUGAAGAGGCUCUAGAACACAAAUGCUACGGUGGAUUUGCGCGAGCUGCAACUCUCAUCAAACGAUAUCGAGCCGAUCAUCAGAAAAGGAAUGGGUUGCCGGUUCUCUUUCUAAAUGGAGGCGAUACAUACACGGGAACACCUUAUUUUCAAAUGUUCAAAGACAAAAUUGCAUCGGAAUUCAUGAACAUAUUGAAACCGGAUGUUGCCACAUUAGGAAAUCAUGGUUUUGAUCUGGGAAUAAAUGGACUUUUGCCGUUUUUGAGAAACGUCAGUUUCCCGAUAGCUGUGGCCAAUUUGGAUAUUCCGGACGAUCAUCCGCUGAUGCAAACUCAUUCGGUGCGGCCAUCAGUUGUGUUUGAUGUGAAUGACACAAAGGUUGGAGUCAUUGGAUACAUAGCACCGGAGACAAAGAAUAUAUCAAAAAGCGAAGAUGUUAUUUUUUCAAACGAAAUCGCCGCGAUCAAUAAGGAAGCAGAGACAUUGACGAGUCAAGGCGUUAAGAUAAUCAUUGCAUUGGGUCAUUCGGGUUAUGACGUGGAUCAGGAAAUAGCGAGAGAAUGUCCGAUGAUCGAUUUAGUUGUGGGUGCACAUUCGCAUACCUUUUUAUACACCGGAACACCGCCCGAUCUAAAUGACAAACCACUCGGCCCAUAUCCAACCAUAAUCGAACAGCCAAACGGGAAAAAAGUUCCUGUUGUCCAAGCGUCUUGUUAUGCGAAAUACUUGGGCAAGCUAGAAUUGAGUUUCGAUGAGGACGGAAACUUGAUUCGUUGGAGUGGUAACCCCAUACUAUUAGAUUAUCAAAUACCACAAGAUGCAGAAGUAAUUGAAUUAUUGGCCAAAUAUCGUCCAAGUGUUGAAGCUCUAACCAAAAAUACUAUUACCUAUUCAAAAGUUGAAUUGAAAAAUGACUGUCGUGAUUUCGAUUGUAAUAUUGGAAAUUUGAUAACUGAUGCAUUUGUCUAUAACCGAGUACAACAAUACACAGAUUCCGGAACAGAUUCCGGAUGGACAGAUGCUUCAGUCGCUAUUAUGAAUAAUGGUGGAAUUCGUAGUGGUGCUACAAUUGGAAAUCUUACCAAAUACAAAUUGCAAACAAUAUUACCAUUUCAAGAUAAAUUAUUUAUUACAUAUAUUCCGGGAGGCGUAUUGAUUGAAGUUUUGGAAUUUUCUGUGAAAUAUCGAGGAUCUUUUUCGCAGAUGUCCGGUAUGCGUGUUGUUUAUAAUUUGCAAAAAGGAGAAGGCCCACGUGUUCAUUCUGUUGAAGUGUUGUGUGCUACCUGUAGUGUACCUGUAUACGAACCACUUGAUGAACAGAAAACCUAUGGAGUUAUUCUUACCAAAUUCUCAUACGAAGGGGGUGAUGGUUUUUCUAUGUUCAAACCAUACGAAUACAUUGACAUGAAACUGGAGGCAGCUGAUGCAGUGAUUAAUUACAUACAUCGCUUUGAAUCGAUCUAUCCAGCAAUCGAAGGACGAAUUAGAUUCAUUGGAGUGAACGGUGUAAUUGAUAACGUAUCUAAAUCAACAUCGAGUGUAGUGAAACCAUUUUCAGUUGUUGUUCUGAUUGUAGCAACCCUAUUACUUAGUCAAUUCUUAUCAAACAAAUGUUUCACGUGGUAAAUGUAAUUUUUUCAUGUCCAUUUUUUAAAUGAAA